AUGAAGAAAAGAAAAAAACAGGCAAAAGAGGAGAAAAUGGCUAAUUUGCACUUACCUUUUUUCUUCUCUUCUUCUUCUUCGAGGGAAAGGGCGAAAGUGGAAGAAUUUGUCGUAUUGUUUGAAGAAAUAUCGUGCCGAAAUGAAGUGUUUACUUUAACGAAACAUGCGCUUUGCUACUGGUAUACUGUUAAAUUGUUGCUAUUUAUGGACGAAAUACCGAAACGAACCGGUUUUAGUUCCGUUUUUUUGGAACCAAUGCAAUGGUGUACUUAUAGGAUAUCCUUACCUUUAGAAAUUUAA